AUGUCCUUGUUCGGAUUGGAUCUGACCCAAAAGGGUCUCUCCCUGUACGCGAUACCCGCCGCAUUUGCGUCGGCCAUGUCAGCCCAUGGAUAUGCUGCCGCUGCCGCGGGGAAGCUCUACGAUCCUGCAAACCCUCGAAGGCUGCAAGCCACCAUUGAAAGCGACGACAAGGUGGAUAAGAUUGUGAGUGUCUGUGGCAGAGCCUUAUCAGAGCACCUUAAGAACCGUAUCCUCCGUGCGCGGUCCGCCGCUCAGAACGCCUGGGAAACCCUGGGUAUGUUCUCGGCUGGUGUCGCCGCCGCCAACGCUGCCGGUGUUGACCCUUACUAUGUCAACUUGUUGUCAUUCGGCUAUAUUGGUAGCCGCAUUUUGUACAACAUUAUCUACAUACGCCUGCAAGACAACCGCGCCUGGGCUCCGGCCCGUAGUCUGACGUGGAUAAGCGGCUUGGCUCUCACAUUUUCAUUAUACCUGGCGGCAGCUUCCAAGUUUGCUGCUUCUUAA